UCGGCCACGCCCUCCUCUGAGAGGCCACGCCCUCUUCUGGGAAGCCACGCCCUCUGCACCCAAGAUGGAUUUUUUGGUGCUUUUCCUGAUUUACCUGGUGUUGAUUCUGAGUAGCAUUAUCUUGGUCUGUACGCGUUCAGAAAGGAUUCAUAACUUGGCAGACGCAGUCCUAACAGCUGGAUCAAAGGUAUUUUCAUGUGUAAUUCCAGAAUGGCUUCAGAGAGCAGCACAAAAGGUGCUUCAUCAUCUCCUCCAUACACGGAAUUACGCUUUCCUCAUCCUGCAUCUAGCUUUGCAAUUGGCCGUUUACUGCGAGUACACCUGGGAAAUAUUUGGAUAUUGCAAAGAGUUGGAGUUCUCAUUGAGUUAUCUUCUCCUGCCAUAUCUGUUGUUCAUCGUGAACCUGAUUUUUUUCAUCCUCAGUUGUGUUACCAACCCUGGUACAAUUACAAAAUCAAAUCAGGCAGUGUUUCUUCGUGCAUAUGAAUAUGAUGAAGUGAUGUUUCAGAAAAACACAAGGUGCCCAACUUGCAACUUGGAGAAACCAGCUAGGUCCAAACACUGCAGCAUUUGUGACAGAUGCGUGCAUCGUUUUGAUCACCACUGUGUGUGGGUGAACAAUUGCAUCGGAGCCUUCAAUGCAAAAUACUUCCUGCUCUACCUCUUCACGCUGACUGCCCUGGCUGCAGAUAUUGCAAUUCUAACAACGGCAUUUCUAGUCCAUUUGGUGUUCUUAUCAAACAUGACUCUGGGAAGUUACAUUGAUGAUGAGGGACAGGAGAAGGCAGUUGAUGUUGUUUUUCUUAUUCAGCACCUGUUCCUGACUUUCCCAAGGAUUGUCUUCAUGCUUGGUUUUGUAAUUGUACUUUGCCUCUUGCUUGGGGGAUAUUUCUGUUUCUCCUUACACUUGGCAGUCACCAACCAAACCUCCAAUGAGUGGUAUAAAUCAAGCAGAACCAAGUGUCAUCCAUGCCAGACUUCAGGACCCCGACUGGAGAAGCCACCCCAUAUAUCUAGGAAUAUUUAUUCCAAGGGCUUUUGGAGCAAUUUACAGGAAAUCUUUAAGCCCACUGUGGAAUAUGAAGUGAAGAAGAAAUGUUGAGAUGAUGUCUUCAUGAAUUGUACAUUUAAAUAUAAGUAUAUUUUUUUAACAAUUUUUCUAGCGGUAAUUCCAUUCAGUAUGUUUUCCCUAACCUUUCCUUCCUUUUUGGGUUUUCAUCAACUAUUUGUCAUUGGCUAUAGAGGAAGUCCAUUUUGCUGAUUUUUCAUUUUGUGUUAUUUUUGAAAUUGGCUGGACCUUGAAAUGACCAUUGACCACCUCACUAGCUAAAAUCCCUUGGAAGACAAAAACCUGUAAACCUCUAUCAGAAGUAGAUUCCUUUUUGGAGAACAUCAGUAUUCCCAGCCAUUGAUUUAUCAGGUAAUUGUGUUUUGAGAUAAUCAAGUCAGGCUUGGGGAAGCAGAGUUUCUGAGGUCUGUUCUUAACUGCCUUAUUGUCUACAUUUAUAGAUUCAGCCUGGGAAGAUAUAGACAUCCACAUUUCAGGGAGAUUAUAAGAGAACAAUCUAUGUGGAAACAGAACUCGUUGCCCUGGUAUAAGACGUUUCCAUGGAAAAGAAAGGCAACAUCCAGUAGUAAGCAUGUCCUGAAACCUUUUGUACUUUUCAAGAAAUGAGACAAAAAUGGAUAUAAUAGUAGGUAGAAUUUAUUUAUCACUCUUUGCAUGGACAAAUCAAAUGCCUUCACCAGGGCCCCAUGAACCAUAAGGAUAUUUAAAAUACAAGUUCCAGCUCCAUGUGGUUGUUUGGUCACAGUGUAAUUACCAGAUGUGAGGAAUUUUUAAAAUGACCAGAUUUUCCAUUGUAAAAGGAAGAUAGGUUGCCAGCCUCAGCUGGCUAAAGACUUUUUCAGUAUCCACAGGUUCCCUUUUCACACUUGUAGUUUUCUCACC